GGGAAGGGAAGCCAUUGCCUUGCUUGCCGCCAACUCCAUUACCCACAAUAAUUUUAGCUUUAGGCCACCAUUUUUUUCUCUUCACCCUUCACGAUCUCCAUUCCUUUCCUUUACCCCCACGAACCCUUGUUCCCUCUCCGCAAAAUAUCCCAAGCUCUGCGCGCGGAGGGUAAGGGAAGGAAAAUCGCAAGAAAAUCCAAAGAGGAAAGUGAAGGAAAAUCUCCCCUCCUUUGCCGACGGCAGGGGAGACAUUUCUAAGAGAACAGAGGCCGGGGACAACACACAUUCCUUCCCAUGGCGCCAAGCCUCCGGGCCUGCUUCCGCGGCAGCAAAAGCUCCUCCGACCUCAAAAGAGACCAUCUUUCCGCCUCCACCGCGUCCCAGACCAUCGAAGCUUCGGCGGAGGAGCAUCGCCGCGGCCCUGUUCUAGUGGAGCUUUUCUCCUCUCAGGGAUGCGCGACCUCGCCGGAGGCAGAGGUGCUGCUGUCGAGGCUCGGGAGAGGGGAUUUCGCGCUGGAAGCACCCGUGAUCGUGUUGACGUUCCAUGUGGAUUAUUGGGAUCACGCCGGCUGGAAAGAUCCCUACGGUUCCAGCCAGUGGACGGUUCGGCAGAAGGAUUACAUUGAGUCUCUGAACCUCGACACCAUGUUCACGCCACAGGUCAUCGUCCAAGGAAGGUCUCAUUGCGCGGGGAACGAGGAGGAGUCAUUGCUCUCUGCCAUCAUGAGCGCCCAGAGGUUCCCUUCCCCUGCUUUUCAGGCGACGUUUCAGAGGCCGUCGCCGGAGACGCUGCAGGUGUCGUUGUCGGGGCCGUUGAGGAGCAAGAUAGACGGGGAAGGGGUGAACGUGAUGGUGGCGCUGUACGAGAGCGGGCUGGUGAUGGACUGCGAGAGCGGGGAGAACUUAGGCAUGGUACUGGCGAAUGACUACGUGGUGAGGAGGCUGGAGAAGGUUGCCACCGUGAAGGAUAUCUCGGCCAAGAAAGUGGUGACGGCGGGUGCUCAGUUCUCCCUGUGGGAAGGUUUCAACGGGAGUAAAUGUGGUGUGGCCGUGUUUCUGCAGAACAACCAGCACCAGAUUUUCGGGUCUCAGAACUUUCCCCUGCCGGAUUCCAUAUGAGGAAAAGAGUCUUGAGUUCUUCUUCUUGUAUGAAAAAAAAAAAGGGUAUUGUAAUCUUCAUCUGAUUUUCGAGGCUCUCUUAUGCACAGCCUGAUGUCUUCAGAUAUAAACUUCUCUUCCAUUGAUUCGUGUGAAAUGAGAUUUAUGCUGAAUGUCUGAUUGCUUUCACUGAGAUUUCUGAAUUGUCUACAUUGAAGGAUUCACCUUCGUUUCCUUUUCAAAAAGAAAGACAACUUCUUCAGGAUGAAUCCGUCUGCUGCUCCGACUUUGCUGUCUGGCCAAGUACUUUUCCCUCCUCUUUCUGAAAAAGAAGAAAUACCCAAAUGAGAAAUUGUUGUGGCAGGCAGCUGAUCCAAAUGGGAUCUUCAUGUUUUUUUUUAUGCAUAUAGAGUAUCAUAAGAACACCACCCUCAAUAUCCUCUCUACCAUUACUUGCUCCUUUUGUUCUUCAAACUGCAUCCAUUCCCACAUUGUCAAACCGAAGAACCCAACUUUAUCACUUCGUAUUGAAUACCAAGUAAUUAAGAAGCAAAAGGAAUAAUGUUAUAGUGAAGAUUUACAAGCUCAGGAACACACUCCAUUCCUCCUUUAACCUUCAAGCUCAUGAUUUUGAACUCAUCUCUGCACUUCUGCAGCUCCCCUGCAGCUUGCUUCUCAUUGUUGCUCUCUGGCUGCUCCACAAACUUGAACACUGCCGCAAUUAGACUCUCUUCCGGAGCAAUAAUGCCUCCCGGUGGGCGCAUGUAGCAGCUCUUUGGGGCAAAUAACUGAAUAAAGGUGGAAGAUCAUGAUAAUACUAAACAAAGAAAUUUACUUUAACUCAAUAACUCAUUAAGUAAUAGUUAAUGAACAAAUUCCUUCAUUAAGGAUACGACUCUAAAAUUAGUAAUUAAGUCCUUGCGAAUAACAUAUUGAAGGACCGGUAUUCUAUCUAAGGACGCGUGUCAUGAUGGAACAAUAAAACUUCGAAAAGGUCACCUAUCAAACAUAACAUUUUGUACCUUUCGGGACAUCUCAAGCAUCAAAUUAACAUUGGAAUUCCCCGAAGUCGAGGGCAUCUUCCAUGUCAAAAUAGUAUGAAGAGUGAAGAACACAGCCUGAAAAGUGCUAAAGGGUUAGCUAGCCAUUGAUUGUGAUGCGCAUAUUGUUUGUUAAAUGCUUGGGUGGAAGUUGAAGGAGGUACUGGUAAGGCCACCAUAUUGAAUGUUAUUAAUGGCGGGAAACCAGAAUUAGGUCUUAAAAAAAACUAACUACCUGGAUGGCGCAUUUACAAUUGUCGGCUCGGUUGGUUAGUUGGGUUAGUCGAGUAAUGACAAGUUCGUGUUCUCAUUGACAUUGUUAUCUGGUAAUGGUCAUCCUUCAGGGAGACAGAGGACUAAGGAGAUCACAGAGCUGGAGUAAGUAAAAUACACUCAGACGAAGAGAUGGGUGAUGAAAAGAACUGUGACGUGACAGCCAAUGAAGAAAUUAAGCACCG